AUGGCAGGACUUGAGCAAUCAUUAUUUCAGUUGAAAUUUACAGCAAAGCAGCUUAAUAGGCAAGCAAGCAAAGCAGCUAAGGAGGAGCUCCAGGAAAAGGCAAAGACGAAGAAGGCAAUGACACAGGGUAAUAAUGAUAUUGCCCAAUUGUAUGCGCAGAAUGCCAUCAGAAAAUCAAACGAAAGGGUGAAUUUAUUAAGAUUAGCUUCUAGAAUAGAUGCUGUGGCAUCCAGAGUGCAAACAGCAGUCACGAUGAGAUCAGUUACCGGUAACAUGACUCAAGUAAUAAAGGGAAUGGACAGAGCCUUGCAAACCAUGAAUUUGGAAAGAAUUUCAAUGGUUAUGGAAAAGUUUGAGACCCAGUUUGAAGACUUGGAUGCUCUGACAAAUUACUACGAGAGUGCGACAAACAACGUUAGUGCGUUAACGACUCCACAGGAAGAUGUGGACGAGUUAAUGAACCAAUUGGCUGAUGAAGCGGGUAUUGAAAUGAAGCAAGGAUUGAAUGCAACAAAGGUUGAUAUUUCUACUCCGCCAUCUGCGGUUAUAUCAGAAGAGAAGGAGGAUAAGUUAGCAGAAAGAUUGAAGGCGCUCCGUAGUUGA